AUGGAUAGAAAGAGAAUUAAUGGACCAGAGAAGAGUAUUGUUCCUCAACCGUUAAUCUCUACUGCACUGGGUCAUCCACAUACAGGUCAACGAGCUGACAAACGACGACCAGACCAGAUCAGACCAAUAUAUACAAAAGCAGGCACAAUCCCUCAAGCCAAUGGCAGUGCAUACAUUGAAACCGGAAACCUAAAAGUAAUAUGCGCCGUUUAUGGGCCUCGUCAGUCUUCAUCAAGACAGCUAUCAUCAUCGACUGGAACACUUCAAUGCGAUUUCAAGUUUGCACCGUUUUCUGGAGAGAAACGAAAGGGCUAUGCCAAGGAUGAUCAAGAAAAAGAGUUCUCAAUGGUUUUAGAGCAAGCACUUACUCCAUCGAUCCGUCUAGAAAACUAUCCCAAGUUUACAAUUCAAGUAUUCGUCAUUGUUCUUGAAAAUGAUGGAUCCAUGUCAGCACUUGCAGCAGCCAUAUCCUGUGCUUCUCUUGCCUUGGCAAACGCUGGCAUUGAAAUGCUUGAUAUGGUGGCUGCGUCUUCUAUUGCAUACUUUGGUGAAUCGAUGUUGUGUUUGGACGUAUCGCUCAAGGAAGAAAUGGUGCAGGAUGGUGCAAUGUUAGUUUCAUACAUGCCUUCGUUGAACGAGGUCACACAUCUAAUUCAAACAGGGCUAGCAACUACUUCGCAAUGCACCAAGGCGAUUGAGCUGGGUGUUGAUGCAUGCUCUCAGAUUCAUACUAUUUUACAAGAAGCUUUAUUGAGCGAAUAA